AUCGGCGAUGAGCUCAUGUUAAGCACUUUAAAUUACUAAAAACUAGUAAUGUCCGUACCAGAACCAUCCAAAGUUCGGUUCAAAGCCUCUCUGUGCUUCUGAUCAUCACAGAGAGCCGCGGGCUGCGCGGCUAGCUCCCCCUGCUAAAAGCUAACCGCAGCAUCACCGUCACACCUGCACAGUCCAGUAGGUGGCGGCAAUAGACCUCCACGCUGGUUGCUCACCGCUUGAAAACACCAACAGAAGAAGAAGAAGAAGCGGGGAGAUUUGAAAACAAAAAUGGCGAAAGUUCGGAGAGUUCUGGAGCGCUGUGACCCGGUCCUGUUGGAGCCCUGCGGGGAGCCCGAACCGGACUGCGCCGAGGCAGCAGGGACGGUUCUGUUCCUCACGGAGAGUCGACGAGUCCAGAAGGUUCUGUGGCGCCAGCUGUUUGUUCUGGACUCCAUGAUGUUCUUACUGAAAGACCUUGAAUCUGCUCAGCAACUGAUGACACUGCCCUGUCCCCCGCCAUCUGAGGGUGGGGCUCGCAGCAGGUGGAAGGCUCUGAAGGCGGAGACCAGGUCAGGGAUGGAGGAGACGGAGUCGCUGCUCAGAUCCCUGCAGGACCGAGUCCAACAAGUCCAGCACAGGAGAGACAGAGUCACAGCGUUGCUGCAGCUGCUGCACAUCAAGCGGCAGCAUCAGGAUCAGCUCAUUGUGUCGCUGCUGAAGGCCCAGAAUGCUUUGCAGUCAUGUGACCUACAGCUGGAGCAGCUGAGGGCGGAGUCAGAGGCGGUGCUCCAUCAGCUGGUGUCAUGGCGGCGCCUCAGAGACCUGCUGCAGGAACACGCCACGACCACACAGGAAGUGAUGCACAUGCAGCUCCUUUCUGUCGACCAAUCAGAGCUGCUGCUGGAGAUCAGGCCCCGCCUCCCUUCCCAGCCAUCAGCCAAUGAGCUGCCGCCACCGAGGCUGGCGGUCAGCUGGCGCCAUGACGACAGAUUCACCCUGCAGGUGGGGGAGGAGUUAGCCGGGCAGGUGGAGGGCUGCGGGUCGGGACGUCGCGACGUGCUCAGCGCCGCCCUGCUGGACGUCCUGCAGAGCUACAUGGGCCAGGCGGCGCUGCUGGCCGAGAUCCACAGCCUCAGGGCCAGCUUCGCCAUCGACUGGUGCCCGGCGAAGCGCCUGCUGGUCUACCUGAAGUCGGCGGCGCUGGUUUGCCACCUGCAGGUGGAGGACGGCUACCCUGCAGCCGGGUCGGCCCGGCUCAGCUCGGUUCUGCGGGACGGACUGCCGGUGGACACGGAGGGACUGAAGCCUCGUAAAGCUGAACUCUCUCUGACCGACUGGCUGGUUUUCCUCUGCAGUAGUCCGCUCAUCUGAAGGAGGGACAAGCUGUCUUCCAGUCUGUCCCAGUCUGACCUCCAGUCUGUCCCAGUCUGUCUCUCAGGUUUUUCUCCCUUUUCUCUUUUCUUUUUUGUGUUACUUUGAUAUAAAAUAAUAAAAUAAACUCUCUAACCAUA